GGGUAGCCUCCCUGCGAAACCGCCUUGACAGUCAGCUAGUUCUACACACUACAGAAAUGGCGGAGGGAGAGUUGGACGUAGACUCGCUGAUCUCCAGACUGCUCGAGGUACGGGGAUGUCGUCCGGGGAAGAUCGUGCAGAUGACGGAGGCGGAGGUGCGUGGGCUGUGCAUCAAGUCCCGGGAGAUCUUCCUCAGCCAGCCCAUCCUGCUGGAGCUCGAGGCCCCGCUCAAAAUCUGUGGUGAUAUCCAUGGCCAGUACACAGACCUCCUAAGGCUGUUUGAGUACGGCGGCUUCCCUCCCGAGGCCAACUACCUGUUCCUGGGCGACUACGUGGACCGAGGCAAGCAGUCCCUGGAGACCAUCUGCCUUCUGCUGGCCUACAAGAUCAAGUACCCCGAGAACUUCUUCCUGCUCAGAGGCAACCACGAGUGCGCAUCCAUCAACAGGAUCUACGGCUUCUACGACGAGUGCAAGCGCCGCUUCAACAUCAAGCUGUGGAAGACCUUCACUGACUGCUUCAACUGCCUGCCCAUCGCCGCCAUUGUGGACGAGAAGAUCUUUUGCUGCCAUGGAGGUCUGUCCCCUGAUCUCCAGUCCAUGGAGCAGAUUCGCCGCAUCAUGAGGCCCACAGACGUGCCCGACACAGGUCUGCUGUGUGACCUGCUGUGGUCAGACCCAGAUAAGGACGUGCAGGGCUGGGGAGAGAACGACCGCGGCGUCUCCUUCACCUUCGGAGCUGACGUGGUCAGCAAGUUCCUCAACCGUCACGACCUAGAUCUCAUCUGCAGAGCCCACCAGGUGGUUGAGGACGGUUAUGAGUUCUUUGCUAAGCGUCAGCUGGUCACCCUGUUCUCAGCCCCCAACUACUGUGGAGAGUUUGACAACGCCGGCGGCAUGAUGAGCGUGGACGAGACUCUCAUGUGCUCCUUCCAGAUCCUGAAGCCAUCUGAGAAGAAGGCUAAGUACCAGUAUGGAGGGAUGAACUCCGGCCGGCCUGUCACCCCGCCCCGCACAGCCGCCCCGCCCAAGAAGCGGUGAACCCCAUAUCACCACAGACCGGAUGGCAUACACGAUUUUUUGUUGUUGUUUUUGCACAAUGGUUCGGAUAGGCUCUUUACUGUUCAUAACAGAACUUCUCCGUGGUUGGAUAUACAUGUAUGUCCCCCAAAGGAGCUCGGAAAGUGGAUUUCAUUUCGAGAAAAAGAAGCACUACCAUUAUCAGGGUUAGGAAUAAGGGGUUAGGUUAGGGCAGUGUAGCUAAUAAAACUAAAGUUCAUAAUGUAAAUGCCUCACCCAACUUAUUCCUAACCCUAACCCCACAACCCAAUCAUGGAUGAGUUCCCCCCUUUGAAUAUUAAUGAGUCUAUCCCAACCAUCCUGCAAAAAAAAAAAAAAAAAUCGCAGGCAGGACGUAGGUUCAUAGGAGGAGGAGGAGGAGGAAAAGGAUAAAGAGGAGAGGAACGAGUGAAGGAUGCUUAAAAAACGAGAGAAGAGGGCAGGAAGAGGAGGAAGGAAGAAAGGAGUGGAUUUGAAGCCACAUAUGCAUAGCCACGAGGAAGAGAAAUGAAAAGAGAUUCAUUUCAUUGUUUGCCUUGAAAAACAGCUUUUCUUUUUUAUUUGUUUUUGAUUGUUUUUUUUGGCUCUCUGACCUUCUUCCUCGCUUCCCUCUUCUCUCCCGAAUGUUUUAGUGUAUCGCUUAUUGCCUAGACACCAACUUCAACACAUACACACGUACAUGCACAUACACACACGUGUCGUUUUUCUCAAUGCAUUUUGUCUGUGUAAACUACCCCCCUCUCCAUACAGUACAUACAGUACAUAUACAUAGACCUACAUAAUCUUUGCAUUGCACACAUACACACACACACACCUGUUUUUAAAAAGUGUUUUAAACAAGAAAAUGAAAAAAUGAGUUUAAAAAAAAAGAAAUGACAGCAGCAGUCAUUCUGUUCUUGUUUUGGAGUGGUUUUUUUUCUUCCUUUCCCCCAGUUUUUGCUUUUUUUUGUUCUGCUUUGUAACAGGAUGACGCACAACUACUAAGAGUUUAUUUGAUUUGAUUUUUCUUUUGGUUUCUUUAUUUUUUAAGUUGACCAUUUCAUCCUUUCAUCCCAGGCCUGUUUACCGCAGACGGGCAUUACUGUUGAUUGCUGGGUUUUCAAUAAACUUGGGGAUUAAAACA